AUGUUUGGAGAUGACCUAUUUAAGGAUGAGAUGAUGAAUGAGGAGAGGGAAAUUAAACAACAUUUGUUUGAGGACCAGCAACAGCAGCUUGACGCAAAUGUUGAGAAUCUCUCCAAGUGUUUAGAGGAGCCACUUGAUCAGUUUAUUGUGGAUAAAGUUAUGAACAUAAGGACGCAAGUCAUCAAUUUGUCUAUCAUCGUUGAUUCUCUUUGUAAGAAAAUGUAUGAAUGUAUUGAGAAUGAUUUAUUAGGGUCUCUCCAGCUUGGUACCCACAAUAUAGCUCCCUACAAGUCAAAGGGUGUUGAGAGGGCAUCAGAACUGUUUGCUUGUGGGAGAACCAAAGCCAGUGCUACUGACAAAUGUGUACUAUCAGAUUCAGGAACAAAUGGUAAAGUGGAUUAA